UUUAUGGCUGAGUUGAUAGGUCCUCAAGAACAUACCCACAGAUGGAUAGUUUGUAUAUUUUCAGCAAGGCAAAAGUAAAUUAUGCAAAGCUAUUAGUGGAAUACAGCAAAUACAGAUUUCAUUUGGACCAUCUGUCAGAUCUCAUGGAUCCACACAUUUCUGCAUUUUUAGUCCAAUGGGUGUUUAAGAUAGAAGUGCUAAUGAAUGGAAGAAAACAUUUUGUUGAAAAAAGGUACAGCGAAUUUCAUGCUUUGCACAAAAAGCUUAAGAAAUGUAUAAAAACUCCAGAAAUCCCUUCUAAACAUGUUAGGAACUGGGUCCCCAAAGUUCUGGAACAACGACGACAAGGUUUGGAAACAUACUUACAGGCUGUCAUUUUAGAAAAUGAAGAGCUUCCCAAACUGUUUCUUGAUUUCCUGAACGUGCGACACUUGCCCUCUCUACCAAAGGCAGAAAGUUGUGGAUCUUUUGAUGAGACAGAAUCUGAAGAGUCAAGCAAACUGUCCCACCAGCCCGUGCUGCUGUUCCUCAGGGAUCCAUACGUCUUGCCUGCAGCCAGCGAUUUUCCAAAUGUGGUUAUUGAAGGUGUUCUCCAUGGGAUAUUCUACCCUCAUCUCCAGCCCAGGUAGAAACUCUACAAGGCUGAACGGAGCUAAAGCAAAUUUCAAAGUCGCAGUCAAGGAAAUCGAUACCAACCAAAUUAACCUAAACUCUAUGACAUAACAGCUCUAGCUAGUGGUCAGAUCCACAGUCUCAGGCUCAUCAGGCCAGGGACGUUUCCAUUAGAACGGUGCUUUUAAAAAUAGAAACUGAACCAGAGCAGUGGUCAUGCGAAGGCCAGUGUUUAAGAAGUAGAACAUAGCUGCCAACUUAGAAACCCCUUGGAAAGGAGACCGCAGGAGAUUCCUGGGAGCAUCAGGAGCAAGACAAAGUCACUCUGCUUCAGUCGCACCUUUUGCGAAUUGAGAAUCACAUCCUGAAUUACACCGAGACUGAUUAACUUUGGUAACUUUUUGUUCAGAUCUUAUGACACACUAAUCUUUUCACCACAAGAUUUUCUCCGCCAGGGAUACAUUCUCAAGUGCUGGCACCAGGAGAGGGUCACAGAAACACACUGCUAAAUGUGAGGAGGGAACUAAACUGGAAAUUAAGUUAUACUGACAAUAUUAUAGCAUUUUAAAAACCUUGGCAUUAUAAUUGACAUUACAGUGGAGUUGUAUCAUGCCCAGUGAUUGGCUUCUAGCAUCAGUACAUAAGGUCAGAGGGGCUAUUAGGAUGGUCCUUGAGUGCCCUUUAGAAAGGUGCAGUGUUGGAGAUCUGUAUAUCCCAGCCACAAACGCGUUUUCCUCCAGUGUUGGAAAAAAAGUAUGUUUCUUCAUCUGAAGCCCAAAUUAAGUUGUCGGUGUUUGUUUAGGGGCCAUUUUGUAUAAAAAGCACAUACCUCUAAACACUAGAAUCACACUCAACCCUGCAAGAUGCUUGCCCUGGGAGAGGCAGACAUGAACUGACCACAUGUGCAGGAGUGGAUGGGCAGCACUUUUCAGUUUCCUCAAGGGCAUGCAGUCAUCAAAGAUGUGGCACCGCCACAGGAUUUCGUGUCUUUUUCCCCACGGCUUCCUUUUCACUGACCUCAUGUAUCGAGUUAAUGGAAGUUAAAUAUGUUUGUGAUGGAACUCCACUGCACAUCCUACAGACUUUCACGUUUUGAGUAGUGUGGGAUGAAAGCAUGUAUAACUCCCUGUAUGUAUGUGCUCUAUGUGGGCAUUUCAUCGAAAACUAAUUACUAGCUAGCCUAUUUAUGGUUAUUAGUUUUAAUGAAUUUCUGUGUUUUAGGAAAAUAUUUAAAAUCAAAACAAAUAACUACAUCAUGGGCUUUUUUUUAUUAGGAUCUAAAUAUUUAGGUUUCAGGCCUGCUGCUUUAGCAACAGAUAUGUUUUACGAUAGAUUGUGUCACUACAUGUUGGAAAUGAAAGCAAGAAUGAAAGAAUCAAGUGUCACCAACCAAAAAUAAAUGAAAAGUCGAGUAUUGGAGAUAUUUUUUAAAAGUUUUUAUGUUAUUAACUAUUUUGAGU